UCUGCCUGGUGUCAGGGACGCUGGGGCCGGAGCUGCUACCGCCCGCCGCUGUCUACACUGUCCUCUCGUUUGGCGUUUGGCGGGUUCGCCUCCCAGCAGCACCCGGGCGGGCGAGCGACUUCUGGGCCGAGACAGCUGGUGCUGAGCGGCCGCAGACUUCUGCCAGACAUCGCAUGCGGCAGUUUCAGGCACAGAAACUUUCUGGCAGCAGGCGCUGCUCCACGAGCGGGAAUUUGUACCAGCACUUCACAAACUGCAACUGAGGCACUCGCUAACUCCUGGAUAACAAGACGUCUGCCAGAAGGACCAUGGCUUUGGAAGGUGGAGUUCAGGCUGAGGAGAUGGGUGCUGUCCUCAGUGAGCUCCUGCCUUUCUGAAUGUAGGAAAUCCAGCUGGGCAGCCAUGGAGCGGGACAAUGGCACAGGCCAGGCUCUGGGCUUGCCACCUACCACCUGUGUCUUCCGUGAGAACUUCAAGCAACUGCUGCUACCACCUGUGUAUUCGGCCGUGCUGGUGGCUGGCCUGCCACUGAACCUCUGCGUCAUUGCCCAGAUCUGCAUGUCCCGCCGGGCCCUGACCCGCACAGCCGUGUACACCUUAAACCUCGCCCUGGCCGACCUACUGUAUGCCUGCUCCCUGCCCCUGCUCAUCUACAACUACGCCCAAGGUGACCACUGGCCCUUUGGCGACUUCGCCUGCCGCCUGGUCCGCUUCCUCUUCUAUGCCAACCUGCACGGCAGCAUCCUCUUCCUCACCUGCAUCAGCUUCCAGCGCUACCUGGGCAUCUGCCACCCGCUGGCGCCCUGGCACAAACGGGGGGGCCGCCGGGCCGCCUGGCUAGUGUGUGUAGCCGUGUGGCUGGCCGUGACAGCCCAGUGCCUGCCCACAGCCAUCUUUGCUGCCACAGGCAUCCAGCGUAACCGCACCGUUUGCUAUGACCUCAGCCCGCCCGACCUGGCCACCAGCUACAUGCCCUAUGGCAUGGCUCUCACUGUCAUCGGCUUCCUGCUGCCCUUUGCUGCCCUGCUGGCCUGCUACUGUCUCCUGGCUCGCCGCCUGUGCCGCCAGGAUGGCCCUGCAGGGCCUGUAGCCCAGGAGCGGCGUGGCAAGGCGGCCCGUAUGGCAGUGGUGGUGGCCGCUGCCUUUGCCAUCAGCUUCCUGCCUUUUCACAUCACCAAGACAGCCUACCUGGCAGUGCGCUCGGCACCGGGCAUCUCCUGCCCUGUGCUGGAGGCCUUUGCAGCAGCCUACAAAGGCACGCGGCCGUUUGCCAGCGCCAACAGCGUGCUGGACCCCAUCCUCUUCUACUUCACCCAGAAGAAGUUCCGCCGGCGGCCGAACGAGCUCCUACAGAAACUCACAGCCAAAUGGCAGAGGCGGGGUUGCUGAGUCCUCUAGGGCCUGGGCAACCUUUACGUUUGCCAUUGUGACUGGGACUCUGGGAGCCCCACCAACCCCAAACCAUGCAGGGAAUUAGAGCUCAGCUCAUUGGGCAUGGAGUAAAGUCCCUCACAGGACCCAGAAACUCACCAACAACUAUUUAUUCAGCCCUUCUCUGGCCCAGGCCGUGUGGGCAUGGAGAUGGACAGGCCUGAGCCUGGCUCUUGAGAGGUCCCAGUCAGCCAUGGAGAGCUGGGGAAACCACGUUAAGGUGCUCACAAAAAUACAGUGUGACAUGUACUGUCA